ACAACGACAGCAACUUCUUUUUAUUUUAAUUCUGUGCAAAGACACUUCGAAGAUUUUGAAUGUUCCCUUGUCUGAAGAGUGCUGCUUCAACUGCUGUCCCCAUAUAAGAUCUGGGUCUGUCUCCAACGGAGGAGCUGGCGAAGCACCGUCGAACUCUUGCCCUGGUCGAUCACGAUCCGGUCCACGACCACCAUGGCAACCCGAAGCUGCUGUGGCGUUUCGCCGUUCUUGGGCGAUUGCGGCUCAUGCAAGUCCUGUGGUUACGAGCUGCAGGUAAUGAAAGAAUCGGAGAUGUCAAAGCUGCCAAAGGGCAUUGCGGGCUCGAAAAUCUUUAGCUCACAUGGAUGCAGUGACAACCAUCUGGCAAUGGAGCUCCAGAGAAAGAUUUCUAUCUUUCGGGAUCUCAUUGACUUGCCACCUCGUCGUGGUUCCAUCUCCAUCGAUGAGCUGGUGAUAGAGACAAUCGAAGAUCUCGAAAAGCUUUACCCAGAAAUCAUAACGAAGAUGCAAGUCGCGGAGAUGAAGACAGCAGCAAUCAAUCAGGGAUUGAGUUACUUUUGCACUGCUUUGAAAUCUAUUGGAGAUUCAUGGAAGAUGAACACUGCAUGGAUCGAUAAGACCACCACCAACGCGAUUACUAAUAUGGAGUGCAACAAUUUGGAGAAAAUUGUGGGGAUAGUACUGGCAAUACUCGAAGGCCUGAUAAAACUAGUGCGCGAGAAAUUCGACCUGAUGGAUGAAGACAGUGAGGACGAAGAUCACGGCCAGUUCGAGAAGAACUUCACAAGGUGUCCCGACAACCAAAGCCCCUAUGGCUCACCAGUUAGUCCAACCUCGGUCCUUCCAGAACAACACAACGUCUCGAAAUUUGCAGAGGCCUCCUACACGCCACCACUGCUCUUUCCUCUCCGCAUCAGGGCCAUGGGUAAAUUGAACCCGAUCGACAUGAAGCGCCUUUCACUGUACACGUUUCCUAAUGUUCCAGCACAGACUGGCAGUACUCCAAAUGCAGCUCUUGAGAAAAAAGAGGAAGCUAGCGACAUUGACGAUGUGAAAGAAAAACUUGCAAAAGAGGAGGCUUUGCAAGGUACAGUGCAGCCACUUGAGAUGUUGUCCAGUGGAUUGCCAUCGCCUAUGUCGCCACCUCCGCCACCGCUGCCACCGCUGCCUUGCAGGAUCUCAACAAUAGAAGUCCAGCCAAAGAUUUUAGCACCACCGCCUCCACCACCUCCACCUUCUUCAUCAGUUAAUCAGUACCUACCGCCUCCGCCACCACCGCCGCCAGCACCAAAGAUACAAGGGAACAUUGCAGUACCCCCUCCACCGCCACCUCCCCUUCAGGCACCUUCAAAAGGAUCCGCACCUCCACCAUUACCGCCCCCGCCAUUUGGAAAAGGAGGAGCUGCUCCACCGCCCCCUCCUCCACUCAGUGCGACCAAAUCCUUGCGCCCCAAGAAGUCAAACACGAAGCUGAAAAGAUCGACCCAAAUUGGAAAUUUAUAUCGGCAGCUCAAGGGAAAGGUUGAAGGGUCGAGCCUAAAUGGUAGAUCCGCCAAUGGGAGGAAAGGCCAGGUCGGCUGCUCGAGUGGUGGAAAACAGGGAAUGGCUGAUGCACUAGCGGAAAUGACAAAGAGGUCAGCAUACUUCCAACAAAUCGAGGAAGACGUCCAAAACUACUCGACAAUUAUAAAGGAGUUGACGAAAACCAUCACUUCUUUCAAAACCAAGGACAUGGCUGAGCUGCUCAAGUUCCACAAUCAUGCCGAGUCUCACCUCGAAAAGUUGACUGAUGAAACACAGGUCUUGGCGAGGUUUGAAGGAUUCCCCACAAAGAAGUUGGAAUCAUUACGAACAGCUGCGGCGCUGUACUUGAAGUUAGACGCUAUUAUCGUCGAGUUGCACAACUAUAAAAUCGUGCCUCCCUUGGGGCAGCUUCUUGACAAGGUCGAGGGCCACUUCAACAAGAUCAAAGGAGAACUCGACAAACUCGAGCGAACAAAAGAUGAAGAAUCCAAGAAGUUCUCAACCUAUGACAUCCAGUUCGACUUCGAUAUACUCGUAAGGAUCAAGGAAGCAAUCGUGGAUGUAUCUUCAAGCUGCAUGGAACUGGCACUUAAGGAGAAGAGGGACGCCAAGGCGAAUGAGGUUUUAAAUGCUGGAACAAAAGCGGAGAAACGAGCACAGGGAUGCACAAAAAUGCUCUGGAGGGCUUUUCAGUUCGCAUUCCGGGUGUACACAUUUGCUGGUGGCCACGACGACCGCGCUGACAAGCUCACCAGAGAGCUGGCUCAUGAGAUCGAGUCUGAUCCGCAGCACCAGUAAAUCUGUUUUUCAGUCUAUAAUAACAUAUCCAAGAUGGGCACUGCAUUGAACCAUCCAAAUGACAUGUUUGAGGCUAUUCAGUAUAUCUUAUUGGAGAGUCCUUUUUUGGUCGCCUUAUAAAUUAUUUUAAUCCCUCUUUUGAUGAAUUCGAGUAAUCUCUUACUAGAUUUCUUUAGGACACCAAUUUAAGAGAUGCCAUUCCAAGACCCUGGCAGAGAUACAAGCUAAACUCAAUCUUCGCUCCAUGUUGGACAGAAUAUACAGACAAGAAUUA